AUGACUUUCGUGCGAUGCGCUGCACUCCUUUACGCGUAUUACCAAGUGUCUAAUCUCCAAAAGAUUGCGUCAAAGUACCUCCUCAUCAUAGCGGGGUUGUUCUCAACGUUCGCCAGUUUUAUCUUCACCUCGGCUCUGGCCAGCCUGUUCUGGAACGAGUUAGCAAGCAUAAAAGAUGCUCCAUUCUUAUUUUUACUCGUCGCUGAUGUAGCGAGGGGCGCGAGAAUGGCUAAAGCCGGUUGGAGUGCAGGCGAAGAUCAGGGGAAGCGAGUGGGGAAGGCACUUUCGUUACUUGGACCGACAGCGACGUUAGAUACACUUCUAGCGGUCCUCCUCGUCGGUGUGGGGGGUUUAUCAGGUGUUCCUAGAUUGGAGCAUAUGUGCAGUUUCGCCUGUUUAGCAUUAUUAGUGGAUUACCUAGUAUUUGUCACGUUUUAUCCGGCUUGUUUGUCGCUUGUUGCCGAUUUUGCAUCGGGAAGGAAGGAAAUAUCGCCGGACAGUCCUUUUUCUGAAGCCGACCUAAAACCAAAUCCAGUCGUUCAAAGAGUAAAAAUGAUAAUGGCUGCUGGGUUGUUAUGUGUUCAUCUGACCAGCAGAUGGUCUUGGACUAGAGAAAGUGGAAUGAUGGAAGGGUCUUUAACCAGUGAUUUCAAAUCUGGAUCACAUGAGAAUGUCUUGUUUCACUCAUAUGUAAAAUGGUUCUCCGUAAGCGCAGAUUACAUCGUUAUCGCCACGUUACUGUGUGCUUUAAUUAUCAAGUUUAUCUUUUUUGAAGAACAAAGAAAUUGGAUCAUAGAUAUGAACGAUAUGACUGUAAAAGAAGUAGUUAAAAGUAGCCAAAACAAGCCAACAUUUUGUCUCGGUGAGGAAGAAAAAAGUGAAAUGUUUACACAGACUGAUGACUUAGUUAGUAGUGAAGAGUGGUCAUUAUUGUCACCAAGCUCAUCGGCUGCACGAUUAAACGCUAAAAAGCGUCCAAUGGCAGAAUGCUUAGAAAUUUAUCGAUCGGAGGGAGUGGGUACUGCGCUCAGCGAUGAAGAAAUAGUUAUGCUGGUUGAACAAUCGCAUAUACCUUUACAUAGGCUUGAAAAUGUGCUUAAUGAUCCAUUACGGGGCGUCAGAUUGCGCAGGAGAAUUAUUGGGUCAAGAUUUCAAACAGAAGUGGCUAUAAAACAAUUGCCUUAUCUAAAUUACGAUUAUAGCAAAGUUCUUAACGCUUGCUGCGAAAAUGUUAUUGGUUAUGUUGGUAUACCGGUCGGAUACGCCGGACCUCUGGUUGUCGAUGGUAAACCUUAUAUGAUCCCCAUGGCAACUACAGAAGGAGCACUAGUAGCAUCUACUAACAGGGGUGCCAAAGCCAUUGGCACGAGAGGAGUGACUAGCGUAGUGGAAGAUGUAGGAAUGACUCGAGCCCCUGCAGUCAAGUUACCUAACGUUGUCCGAGCACAUCAAUGUCGUCAAUGGUUGGAUAACAAAGACAACUAUGCAAUAAUCAAAGAAGCAUUUGACUCGACUUCGAGAUUUGCUCGACUUCAGGAAGUACACGUAGGGGUCGAUGGAGCAACAUUAUAUCUAAGAUUCAGAGCCACCACAGGAGAUGCUAUGGGUAUGAACAUGGUAUCCAAGGGAGCUGAAAACGCACUAAAGUUACUUAAAAACUUCUUCCCUGAUAUGGAAGUAAUCAGUCUUUCUGGAAAUUACUGCUCCGAUAAAAAAGCAGCCUCCAUUAAUUGGGUCAAAGGCAGGGGUAAAAGAGUAGUAUGUGAAACAACAAUCUCCGGUGAGAACUUAAGGAAUAUAUUAAAGACCGAUGCCAAAACAAUGUCUCGGUGUAAUAAAAUUAAAAACUUGUCGGGUUCAGCGUUAGCAGGAUCUAUUGGAGGAAAUAAUGCUCAUGCGGCGAAUAUGGUGACAGCUAUUUUCAUAGCCACAGGACAAGACCCAGCACAAAAUGUGACUAGUAGUAACUGCUCAACGAGUAUGGAGGUGUGUGGGGAGAACAGAGACGACCUCUAUGUGACUUGUACCAUGCCUUCCUUAGAAGUUGGCACAGUUGGUGGCGGCACAGUACUUAUUGGGCAGGGUGCCUGUCUUGAAAUUCUAGGUGUUAGAGGAGCAGGCGCAAGACCUGCAGAAAAUUCAGCCAGAUUGGCCUCUUUAAUCUGCGCGACGGUCUUAGCCGGAGAGUUAAGCUUAAUGGCAGCGUUAGUUAAUUCGGAUUUGGUAACAUCACAUAUGCGUCACAAUAGAUCUACAGUAAAUAUGCAAAGCGUUUCAAAUGAUAUAAAACUAAAAGUGCCUAUCUUA